GCCAUUUUGUUUUUCACUGUUCAAGGGUAUAUUUCGUGUAGUCCGAGAGCAGCUCCAGGAAGAUUGAGAACGAUGUUUCCUUUGGUAAAAACAGCGAUGAAUUUAACUGCACGUGGCAUCCGCCAAGCUGCAGUGAGACAAUGCCACCACGAAGCUGGACCAAAUUUUCAUCAAAAAUAUGGCAACAUGCUUCUGGUCUCUGGAAUACUCUUCUGUGGGAGUGUCUGGACAUACGUUGCAACACAGACCGGAAUUACCUGGAACCUUUCACCGGUCGGCAAGAUCACACCAAAAGAGUGGAAAGAGGAGUAGAGAAGCCACAGCUUUGAACUGCUGAAGCAAAACCUAAAAACAUAUUUUGAACACUUCUGCUGAAAUAUGUAGGAUGUAUAAAUAUCAUCUGCACAUAUGCUGGUGAACUAACUAGUUUUGUCAUUUGUUGUGACAUAAUUGGUGUAAUAAAUUAAGUUAAAACCUCA